GGUGGAAUUCUAACCUUAACUGUCAGAAUCAAAACACCGGGAAUACAGGUUAUAUUUACUUUUAUUUAUUUAUUUUUUUUGCAGUGUAAAUAAAAAUGUGGAAGUGUGUUAAAAUUCUUGACAAAAAUUAUGCAUUCGCGUCAAGAAAAGAGAAUAAUGUUUAUAAAAUUUUUUUUACGAAUUUUAUCACUAUCUGGCUUGAAGAAUUAACAAUGGAAACAAUUAUACAUAGAUGCAAGGUAUUAAAUCCUCUUUUAAAAAUUGAGGCUUUAAAUAUUCAAAAAACAAUAGACGAAAUCUUGUCUCAAAUUCCAGAAAUUCUGGAUUGUGCUGUAGAAGAGUCAAAUAAUUAUAAAAUAACACUGUAUAAUAAUAUUAAAGGUGGUAAAUUAAAAUUUGAAUUACAUUUAAAUAGAGGAAGUAACGAGGAUUUUUAUGAGACAAUUACAAAAUCAAUUUCCUUAAUAUCAAUGGAUUUAAUUGAGAAACAUCAUCAACUUUUAAAAAUUAUUAAAGAUAAGGAUGAGGAAAUUGCAGAAUAUAAAGCAGAGGGUGCACAACUUAUUCGAAAAAAUAUUGCAACCAAACCGUUUAACGAAGAUUGUUUAAAAAUAAUACAAACAAAAACGGAAGAAAACGGCGAAUGUAUGUUUAAAACACUAUUCAAUUUGUGCAAUAAAGCUGAAGAAUUGAAUUUUAGCAUUGAUUCAGAGGAAGUGAAAAUUAAAGCUGAAAACACGAAUGAUAUUUCUGAUGAAGUGAAAAUCAAAGAAGAAAUAACAAAUCAAGUUUCUGAAUCCAUUGCAGUUGAGGAAAUUAAUUUCAAUUCUAGUCUAUCUACAAAUAAUCAAUCAGAAGAGAAUUUAAAACAAGAAAAUAAACUUUCAAACGCAAAGAGAAAAGUAAAGGGUAUCAGUGCUUCAAUUAUAAAACCCGUCAAAAAAGCAAAAAGUCGGAUAAAUACAUUUAUUUCUUAAUUAAUUUUUCUUGUUAAUUAUAUAUAAUUGGGUGAUAUUUUUUUUAUAUCUACGACAAUAUUGCAGUUAAGGAAAUCUAAUAUAUAAAAAAUAUAUCUGAAAUAAAUUUUUUUUCUUGAAGUAAUU